CCAAAUUCCUUCAUCUGUCGCCCCCAGGCCACGGCCUGCACUGACGACACAAAAUAUGACAAUACAGGCAUGAAAUUCUUCAUUGACUGCAUGAUCAAUUAACAGCCACGCCAACACUGGAGUAGGUUGCAAGUGUAUUUGUUUUGUCACAAGGCUGGAUAUAUACAGUGGUAUUCUGCCAGUUGUAACACUGUGAUGACCAACUUGGCUGGAGCUGGUGUAUAAAUGGAUAUACACAAUGUGCUAUAAUGGAUAUGUACAGUGGUAUUCUGCCAGUUGUCACAUUCUGAUGACCAGCAUGGCUAGAGCUGGAGUAUAAAUGGAUAUACACCACGUGCUAUAAUGGAUAUAUACUCACCAACUAACUGAGUUUAACCAAGAAGGGAAGGGGAAGUUGGUGUGACGGGAAGCUGAAGUCUGAGAGAGCAGGUCAAAGGUCAUGUCUUCCAAGAGCAGCAGCAGCACACUCGUGCAGUACCGGAACCUCGGCAAGUCUGGGCUGCGAGUUUCCAACAUAGGAUUUGGAACAUGGGUAACGUUUGGAGGCCAGGUUUCAGAAGAGGUGGCUGAAGAGCUCCUCACCCUGGCCUACGAAAGUGGAAUCAACUUGUUUGACACAGCAGAGGUUUACGCCGCGGGCAAGGAAGACGAGAAGGUGUUCUGUCGGGCCGAGAACACGCUGGGGAAUAUUCUCAAGAAGAAGAGCUGGAGGAGAUCGAGUUACAUUCUGUCCACGAAGAUCUACUGGGGAGGGAAGGCCGAGACAGAGAAAGGACUUUCCCGGAAACAUAUCGUUGAAGGUCUGAAGGGGUCGCUGGAGAGGUUGCAGCAGGACUAUGUGGACAUCGUCUUCGCCAACAAGCCGGACUCACACACACCAAUGGAAGAGGUGGUGCGUGCUUUCACCCAUGUCAUCAACCACGGCUGGGCCAUGUACUGGGGGACAUCCCGCUGGAGCCCCAUGGAGAUCAUGGAGGCGUACUCAGUGGCGAGGCAGUUCAACCUGAUUCCUCCGGUAGCGGAGCAGGCAGAGUACCAUCUGUUCCAGCGGGAGAAGGUGGAAAUACAGAUGCCAGAACUAUACCAUAAAAUAGGUAUCGGGACAGUCACGUGGUCCCCUCUUGCCAGUGGGAUCCUCACGGGGAAGUACGAUGACGGUGUUCCCAUCUACUCCAGGGCUGCCCUCAAGGGCUACAGCUGGUUGAAGGAUAAAGUGCUAAGCGAAGAUGGACGACGACAGCAGGCCAAAUUGAGAGAGGUGGCGGUGAUUGCUGACAGACUAGGCUGUUCUAUAGCACAGCUCGCCAUAGCGUGGUGUGUUAAGAGUGAGAAUGUUCACUGUGUCCUCCUUGGAGCUUCCAAUGUUGAUCAGCUGUACGAGGACAUCCAGGCCCUGCAGCCUGGAGUGCGAACAUGACAUACAAGAGACAGUUGUAUGAAAUGUACAGGUAUGUGUCCAAGCUGACACCGGCUAUUCUUAGCGAGAUGGAUAAGCUGCUUGGGAAUAAGCCCGUGUACAAGCGAGAAACAUACAGGUGAACAAUACCACUUUUCACUGGUUCUCUACCGCAUGUUGUUACGCCCACCUGCCACGCCCACCUGCCCCGCCCCUGGUGGCUGCAGGUGCCCCUGGCUGACUGCAUGGAGUAUAGCCAGACACUUGUUGGACUACAUUAUCCGUUUUUUAGAGCGUCCAUCACAUUGACAUUUCCCUUGGGAAAAGUAAUCCACUUCUAACCCACAUUGUUACAAGACGAUUUGGAAUCACAGAACUUUAAUGUCACAUGGACGCUGAAGUCGAUGACACUAGUUGUGGCUUAAUCCAAGUUGAAGAUAGACAGCGACUGCAGUAGCUAUGAUUCACUAUUUCAGAGAUGACCUCUGGUUAGCUGCGGCCAUGAUGAAGCUUGUUCUUGCCUUUAUGUUUCUCCUCGAGUAGGUUCCGAUCGCCUCCGUGGCUGCGUGCACACUCUUCGAGUAGGUUCGAUCGCCUCCGUGACUGCGCGCACACUCCUCGAGUAGGUUCCGAUCGCCUCCGUGGCUGCACGCACAUGUAUAUUACUGCCAUUCUUCACAAUCAGGGUGUUCCUAUGCAACAUAUUACUGCCCAAUACUUGUGUGCUGUCAUUCAGUAGGUAGAUGAGAGUGAGGUUCGGAGGGGGAAUUAAGCACCUUCAGCAGGUGCCCUGGCAAGCUCAACAGCUGAUUCAGUGUUUCUCUCACCUUAAAGACUUCCAACCCUGUUUAUUUAAGUACGAUUAAGAGAUAUUACAAUGUACCCACAUGUUUAUCUGAAAAGUAGCUGAUUCAGGUGUACAUGAUGUGGAAGGGAAAAUCUUUCAGCCUGUCCAGGAUACCUUGGUAUUGAGUAACGUAGAGGUGACUUAAUGGAUGGGGUGGUCUGACUUGUUGACUUGGUUGUCAAUUCCGCUUGUCCCGAAUACCUUGGUAUUGAGUAUCUUAGAGGUGACUUAAUGGAUGGGGUGGUCUGACUUGUUGACUUGGUUGUCAAUUCCGCUUGUCCCGAAUACCUUGGUAUUGAGUAACUUAGAGGUGACUUAAUGGAUGGGGUGGUCUGACUUGGUGACUUGGUUGUCAAUUCCGCUUGUCCCGGAUACCUUGGCAUUGAGUAUCUCAGUCAGCAUGAAUAAAACUACUUCUGAGGUCUCUAUUGGAUGAGGCUACAGAGUAAAUACAAGACAUUUGGCAUAAAUGGUCCCAAUGUUUCGAGGGAUGAGUUUUAGUGACCAAGAUGUUGAACUCUGAGAAUAUGUAUUUGAUAUGUGGAGUUUUUUUAGAAGAUCCAGUAUACCAAUUGUUUUUUUAAAGUACAGUCAACUACGGUUAUAAUGAACUGAAAGGGACCACUAAUUUUAGUUCGUUAUAACCUUAGUUCAUUAUAAGCAUAUAUACAGCAAAUGCCCAGGACCAAAAUAACACUAUGUCAGUUCAUUAGAAGCGUGUUCGUUAUAACCAUAGUUUACUGUAUCAUCCUACAAUUGGUACCAAAGUCAAUGUGAGAGAAAUACUCAAUCAGUUUUCAGCCGAUUUCCCGACAACAUCUCAUACGUCAGCGACCAGACACACAUCCUUGUAUGGUCUUAGGACAAGAGCGUGGUGAUUCUCAUGCUAGUACUCAAUGCACUCGGGAACACAUUUACAAAGACAAGAACUCAAAUGGCAUAUACCAAAAUAUCUAAUAUUUUUAAACACCUAUUUUGAUAAUGUUCACCUUUCAUUCCAAAUGGCAGAUGUAGCAUGUAGUUACUCUCCUCAUAUCUAAUGGCACGACCUCGACAUCAUUGUGAGGUACAUUUGUAACAUUUGAUUUAUUCACUGUCACGUUAAUGACUUCUAAUCAUGAAGACCAAAAUAUGUGGUAUACCUAAAAAAUGCAUUUUUCAAUUACUCAAAUCUCAACAUAAAAGUAAAUACAUUGAUGACAGUACAAUUUUCAAUUAAUCCACCUUAACAUAGAUUAUUUGGGAGAAUCUGUAUUAGAAUAAACUUUACUGUAAUUUCUAUGGCUAAAACUUAAUUUUGAUCAAGACUGUAUUCCUUGUUUAUCAAGUGGAUUGACUUUCACAUCCCUGUAUGAUGUAUUGACAAGCUAUUGGUGUCUUAUUUGUUUGUUAAUAUGUAUGUUUAUACUUGUAGGAAUGCCUUGCAUUAUCCGCGCUGUAGGCUGUGAUACUUACUAUUUGAUUAUAUUUACAUUUUUAUAAUUUGUUUAUGGCCACAUUUAUGAUACAUCAAUCCUGUAAUUCAGGUAUGGGCACCUUGUUUUGACAUGCCUGCUUUAAUGUGCCAUAGUUUGCACUGUCAAGAAAAAGAGGUUGCAGAGAAUGGCAAGCUAAAAUGUAUGCCUACAUACAGGGCUAAAACUAAAACAAGAAUUCUCAAAUUCACAGUGGAAAUAUGUGUCUUAAUAGAUUAUAACUUAUAGGUUAUAACUUAUAUUUACCUGCAACAAAAUAAAGUACCUCGCAGAAGAAUCAGUGACAGUUUGUAAAUAUCCCAAACACUAGCUGGGAUCAUCCUCCCCACCCCACCCCUCCUGGGUUGGCAUUACCCCCCCCCCCUGGACUGGCAUUAUCUCCCCUGUGUGAGGGUUAUCUCCCUUAGGACUGGUAUGAUGUCCUCCCGGGUUGGCAUUAUCUCCCCCUGGACUGGCAUUAUCUCCCCUGUGUGAGGGUUAUCUCCCUUAGCACUGGCAUUAUGUCCCCCUGGGUUGGCAUUAUCUCCCCCUGGACUGGCAUUAUCUCCCCUGUGUGAGGGUUAUCUCCCCUGUGUGAGGGUUAUCUCCCUUAGGAGUGGCAUGAUGUCCCCCUGGGUUGGCAUUAUCUCCCCCUGGACUGGCAUUAUCUCCCCUGUGUGAGGGUUAUCUCCCCUGUGUGAGGGUUAUCUCCCUUAGGAGUGGCAUUAUGUCCCCCUGGGUUGGCAUUAUCUCCCCCUGGACUGGCAUUAUCUCCCCUGUGUGAGGGUUAUCUCCCUUAGGACUGGCAUGUCCCCCCGGAUUUACAUUAUCUCCCUUUGUGUUGGCGUUAUCGCCCCCUAGGUUGGCAUUAUCUCCCUUGACAUGGCAUUAUCUCCCCUGACAUGGCAUUAUCUCCCCUGACAUGGCAUUAUCUCCCCAAAGCUCCUCAAAUUCGUGGAGCUCUCUAUACUAUCGUUGCCACCAGUCAAAACUGCCCACCAUGAUAGGUGGCUACAACCAUCCUUGGAGUUGAACUCACAGCUGACUGACUGACACAUGAUGACUGCCACGACGUGGACUACUCUUUCCCCUGCUUAAUUCUUUAUCUUUGCGUGUUAAUUUAAAUUUCUGUUUCAUUACAACUAUCAUGUAAUUGACAUAGUAAUAAUAUAAGGGGGAAGUUGGUUGAUUUUCUGUUAGUCUGCAAUCUCGAUCCAAUCUGAUCAAACAAACAAAAAGGUAAAUUCAACUGGGAAAUAUUGUCAGCUGUAUACCUUUUCAAAAUUAACUGUGCUGGCAAUCCCAAAGACAAAAACAAAAGUAUAAACAUCACUACAUUUGGGGUUAAAGGGGAAAUUUCAAGAUUCUUGUAAUGGCUGCGCUCACACUGGUGGUAGCGAUGUUACCGAGAGUGUAACGAAGGUGUCACACUUGGAAGGAACUUGUAUCUCCCCCUGGGCAAGCAUUAUCUCCCCUUUGGUUGGCAUUAUCUCCCCUGAUUAGGUAUUAUCUCCUCCUGGAUUGGCAUUAUCUCCCCUUUGGCUAGCAUUAUCUCCCUUUGGGUUGGCACUAUCUCCCCUGAGUUGGCAUGAUCUCCCCUGGGCUGGCAUUAUCUCCCCUGAGUUGGCAUUAUCUCCCCCUGGGCUGGCAUUAUCUCCCCCUGGGCUGGCAUUAUCUCCCCUGGGCUGGCAUUAUCUCCCCUGGAUUGGCAUUAUCUCCCCUUGGGUUGGCAUUAUCUCCCCUGAGUUGGCAUUAUCUCCCCUGGUUUGGCAUUAUCUUCCCCUGGGUGGCAAUCCCAUCCUUGUGUAUUGCAACAUACUGAACUACACACUUGCCACCAGUCACAUUUUCACGUAUGUUGAAUGUCAGUAUGAGACUGUCAACAGCCCAGACUCACUUCCCCAGAUAGUUCAGGACUAUCGACAGUCCAGACUCACUUCCCAGGAUAGUUCAGGACUAUCAACAGUCCAGACUCACUUCCCAGGAUAGUUCAGGACUAUCAACAGCCCAGACUCACUUCCCAGGAUAGUUCAGGACUAUCUACAGUCCAGACUCACUUCCCAGGAUAGUUCAGGACUAUCAACAGCCCAGACUCACUUCCCAGGAUAGUUCAGGACUAUCAACAGCCCAGACCUACUUCCCAGGAUAGUUCAGGACUCACUUCCCCAGAUAGUUCAGGACCAUCUUCCUGAGGCAAGGGGGGUUAACUGACUUUAAAAAUAACCAGCCACCAAUGGUUAUUACGAGUUAUGUCCCAUCUCAGCCUCUCCUGUGGACCAAUCAGAUUCCACCUCUCGU